GCUGGUUGUUUUGUCAUAUGUAGAUCUGAGUAACCGCCCCUUCUCCAUUAAAGAGGUUUUCCCUGAGCUUUUCUAUAGGACCUUCCGGGACUGCCUACAACGCAUUGGAUAACAGGUUUAGUUAACGGGGUUCCGGAUCACUCCAGUUUCUUUGGCUGGGAAGACUGUGAAAUAGAUGCUUCAACACAAACGGCAGUAGCUGGCAAUUAAAUCAAGUGCACCCAUAAGUUUGUAGACGUCAUGUGUUGGUGUUUCCGCGUGUUUCUGAUAGCUGAACAGCACUGCUUUUAGCUACAGACUGUGAGAGAUGCCACCAAAGAAAAAGGCCAGAGUGAGUAAGAGUGCGACAGAUUCAGGCAAAGCUGAUGAUGGUGGAGCGGUUGGUGGUAAGAGGAAAGCUGCAGCUUCUGUUGAGUCUGGAAAAAAGAAGGAGAGCUCAGAAUCUCCACAGUACUGUCACUGGCUGAUGAAGUCUGAGCCCGAAAGCCGCUUUGAGAACGGCAUCGAUGUGAAGUUCGGUAUUGAGGAUCUGAAGGCUUUGCCUGAUCAGACUGGCUGUUGGGACGGCGUCCGCAAUUAUCAGGCGCGCAAUUUUAUGAGGCAGAUGAAAGAGGGGCAGUUGGCUUUCUUUUACCACAGCAACUGCAAGGAACCGGGGAUAGCAGGAAUCAUAAAAAUCGUGAAGGAAUCUUAUGUGGACCACACUCAGUUUGACAAGAAAGACGUCCAUUUCGAUGCAAGCAGUAAACCAGACAACCCCAAAUGGAGCAUGGUAGAUGUCCAGUAUCAACGAAUGUUGAAGCGUUUUGUUCCUCUGUCGGAGCUGAAAAAGUACCACCUGCAGCAUAAAGCCAAAGGAGGACCUCUGAAGGACAUGGCGCUUUUUACUAGAGCCAGACUCUCUGUGCAACCUCUAACUACUGAGGAGUUUGACUUUGUCCUGAGUUUGGAGGAUGCAGAGCCUCUGUGAGGAUUUGGACCAGACGAUGCUUUGUGACUCAGUGAAAUCAUGAAGCAGCGACUUCGUUUACGACACUGUUGUGUUCAUUUUCUUGUUCAUAAAAUAGUAUUAAAUGUCUUUUUUUCAUAUGAUGUCCGACACUCAGUUUUUAACUUUGAGUGAUACAGAGUGAGUUUGCUUUUUUUGGACACCUUUUUGGUCACAAACAGAAUUUUGGAAUUGCAGGGUCUGGACACAAAAUGACAGCAAUAUAUAUACUUUAUUAUAUACGAGCUUUUAAUGUUGAUUAGGGUUUCCCUUUGCCCCCAGAACAACUUCAAGCCUUGUUUUAAAGCCAUUAUUCAACUUGUAAUUUGUGUUUAGCAGCACAAGAGGCAAUUUUCACAUUACCUCACAUUCUGCACUUCAUAAAUUUCUAUAAUAGGGUCCACUGCUGUCCAGUGAUGAUCGAGUACGUGCAGAUUUGUUAAGUGCUGCUGAAAUGGAGUAUAAUUAUUAUUAUAAUUGGUACCCCACAGAUCACCAUGUUCUACAAAAUGGCCCAGUUUUCUUUGGCCAUUAUCGAUUGAAAUUAUUUCUUUUGGUUCUGAAAAUGUUUUGAUCACUGGCUAUUUUUCUACCAACAAAUUUCUUGUCAACUAGCUGACCACAUUUAUUACAGAAGUACUCUGAGUAACAGUCAGGUGGUGUACCUACUCAGAUUUUAUGCACUGUCGACAGUGAAAGGUAGUUGUUACCUCACUGAUGACCGAACUUUAAAUUCAGGAUGACGUUGUUUGUUGUGUGACAGGAAGUGAUGAGGGAAAGUUCAGAACAGACUGCUUUUUUUUGACCAAUCAUUACUUCCUUGUGGUAUAUUACAGGUUCCGGGUUUGGAACCUCUGCUCUAUACUAUUAAAGAUGUCAUCCUCAGAUCAAAAUAACAUUUUAAUAUCUUGACCAUGGCUUUAAGCUUGUCUAGUUUUGUUGAUAGUGUCAUGAAAAUAUUGAUUAAGUCAGUUUUUAAAGCUGGUGUUGGUCUAUUUUUGAAUUUAGGGCUGUUGCCAUUGUUUUGCUGUAUUCUUUGUGACACACACUUGCAAAAAGGCUGCAACUACAGAUUACUUUUUACUAUUGGUUUAUCUGAUGAUCAUUUUCUUAAUUAGCUGUUUGUUUUGCUCUGAAAAUUUGCAAAAAAUUGAAAAAAGAAAUAACUAUCAAAAAUUGGGAAGUCAGGGCCAUUCAUUUUUUGGCACUGCAGUCAAUGUUGGAGUACUUGAGAUCGGUCUCGGUCUUGUCUUGGACUCAUUUUUGCUUGGUUUGAGACGUAGAAGACUCAAGGAUUUUCAUUCAGGACUCGUCAAGAUUACAACUGCAGAGAUAUCACUGAGUUUCCUGUGAUUCCUACACAUAAAAUUCUCCUCUCCACCUUUUGGUAUUAUUUUUUUUAUUUAGACAUUCCUCAUGGUAAACUUUAUUUCUACACAAAUGAACAAUAAAAAUAGUAAACGAAGA